AUGAGGUUCGAAACGACGCUCCUUGCGGUCAUCCUUUCGUUGGCGUCCAUGCUGGCGGUGAUCUUGGGCCAGCCCGCUACAAACGAUGACCCCGAGCCGGAACCGAUCGUAUGUUCCGAUCCGAAUGAAGUUUACGACGAUUGUGGUCCUAUUUGUGGUGAUCGUACCUGUGCCAACCAGCGUAAGAAUGACGUGGCUUGCAUGCGAUCCUGCAUGGAAGGGUGCUUCUGCAAAGGGGGUUACGUGCGCAACAAGUCAAGGAAGUGCAUUCCGUCCUACAUGUGCUCCGCAUCGGGCUAG